AUGACCAUCCGAGCUCGGACCAUACUCCAAACACCAUUAGCGUCGGUCAACCAGGACAGCGUACUGGAUAUCACACCUGAUGCUACCCCUCAGAGGUACCGUUUGAUACACUGCGAUCGGUUUGUGGAAGAUCAAUUGCUCCACAUCGAGGAAUUCACAGAUUUCCCAUCUGUCCAAUACGCUGCUAUAUCGUAUGUCUGGAAAGGCAACCCUCUUGAGCCUUCCAAAGCAAAUAGUGACAAGAGUUUUUCCGUCGCCGGUGCGCUUGAUGGAGAUCCAAUCAGCAUUCAUACUCUGAGUCAAGCCUGCUUGACUGCGGUUAAACAUGGAGCUCACUACAUCUGGCUCGAUCGACUGUGCAUCAUGCAGACCAAUUCUGAAGACAAACACUGGCAGAUUAGGCAGAUGAGCGAGAUGUACAAGAGGUGCGAUCCCUGCAUCAUUCUCCCGGGCGGUGUGCAGAAACUUGUGCGGGUCGAUGAAGACACUGCCUGGAUCCACCGGGGGUGGACACUGCAGGAAUUGCUGCUGCCACAACGCGCUUUUGUAUUACUUGCGUGGAAGCUCGGAUCAGGCUUGGUAAUAGCUGGCGAUGCGUCUGGUACCGUAACCGAAGUCACAGCAAACGAAUCAGCCGUGAUGUCAGCACCCGACAUCUUAAAUGCCUGCGUUGCAGGUUGUAUCCAGUUCACCUCUUCCCGCUCGUCUUCUCCACUACUCAUUCGCAGUUGUGUAUUCGGUUCCGCUUCGCCAAACUUGUUUGCGACUUCUGUGGCGAUGUCGGAGGAACUAGCACGCGACCCUGACGCGCGCAACCACGCCAUCUGGCAGAGUGCCUUGAUGCGAACGUCAUCGCGGCCCGUCGACAUGGUGUUUAGCAUCAUGGGACUUUUGGGCGUGCUAUGCACGUUCCCUAUUUUUGCAGAGACGAGUGUAUCUGGCAAAGCGCUGGUGCGCACGAAAACAGGUCUCCAAGAGGUGUCUGAGAGGACCAUGGAUGACGAUGGCUACUUCACAUUCUCGUCUCGGGCAGUUUGUUUAGCUGCUGUAACAAGCAAGCUGGACCACAGGCCCAAAGAUAAGACCAGCGACUCUGGUCGUAGGUUGAUUACAUCGAUGAAUGGAAGUGUCUGGGAGAUCGUCGGAGACGGACACAUCCGUGGACCCAGUACCUACGGCGUCAUACUGGGCUGGUUUCAAGAGUUCUAUCCUGGCGCCACUCUAGCCCAUAACCAACACUAUAUAAAGGGGAUGAUAGUCGAAGAACAUACCCCUGAAAGGUUUCACAUUGUAUCGUUCUUCUCCUUACAUCUACGCGACAGGGCAUGGGUCAAAAGCUGGCAGGAGCGUCAAUUCAGUGUUGGAGGUCCAAAGCCGCUUGCACACAAGAGCCAGACAACAAAUGAGGCUUUCGACGAGAACGAAGUGCAUUCUUUACAGGAAGUAGAUGAACCAUCAAGGAAAAAAUGA